AUAUCGUCGCUUUGGGUAACACGGUGAUUUCUAUUAUUUUUUUUUUCUUUCUCAUUGUCACUUCACGCCGCGAGUUUUCCUUUGCGUGUCCUUUUUCACGCGAGCAUGCGCGCAUCCUACGGAACUGACUAACACGCGUCAAUUAAACGCGACGCGACGAUCGUAGGUAUAAAGCACGCAGCAACGGGAAACAGUGACUUGCUUACGCGAUCGUUCGUUAAAUACCCGAGGAGCACGUGUAUUCGGAGGGGCAGCUGAACGGGAGAGCGCGCCUGAAAGAACGCACGCAUUUCCCGGCUCGGAAGCUUCCGGCAGCUUUCAAGUAACAGAUUCAAUUUUCCAAGGAAGGAUUUCGAUGGUGCGCCAAGAGAAACGAUCGAUAGUUUAUGGGAAUGUGUUUCUGGCAAAAGGAUGAGCCAAGUGGCUCCAUGUUCAGUCGAUUUCUAUUAAAAUAUUCUGGUUUUCGUUAUACCGAGAACAUUGCCGUGAUCUUAUUGUGAAAAAAAAAGAGAAAAGAAGAAUAGCAGACAUCUGCUCUAAGAACGACUUUAUGCCGGUAACCAGGGCCGAAAAACAGAACGUCACGAGAGGCGCAAUAGGGAGUUAAGAGCACUUCCGUUUCUCCCUAAGAAAGUCGUGCGGUUCUACAAUAUCCAGGAUGUUGCCUGCUAACGUGGUAUCAUUCGUCAAAAAGAUGGUGACGACGCAACCAGAUUCCGGAACAACCGGAUCGGUUACGCCGGAUGAUGGAGGCACCACCUUCAGCAAAUGGAGGCAAUUGGGAAGUGGUGUGAUACGGGACGUUACGAAAUUUGGUCCUUCAAAAGUCACCCCUCCCGAAGAAACACAACCAAAGGAAGAAACAACUACAGAAUCAACGAAAACGAAGUCGAAAACCGGGGACGAUUGCAGAGUAUGCCGGAAGUCUUUCGCUCCAGACGAAACCUCGAGGAUCUGCUGCGAGUGUCAACACAAAGUUUGUGAGGACUGCGCUUGCUAUUCGACGACAACGAAUUCCGAUGAUCCGUCAUCAUGGCGUUGUAGCGUGUGUCGACGAAAAAUCGCGUCACGGGACCAGCCGAUAGUUACACAGGAAUCGACGGAUUCCCUGUUGGAGGUUCCUGUUUUGGAAGCACUUCAGAGGAGGCACAGCGAUGCUAGACUGGGCUGUCAAAGCGGAAGCCAGAUCGGAGGUCUCGGUUCCGGAUUGGCACCUCCAAGAAGCCCGGAACUUAGGAGACAUUCCGACGUGUCUCCUGCUAGUUUAAAGGAACUCGAGAAGUUUCGAAAGGUUGCAGGGGAACGCCGGGAUGACCUCAGAUGGGAGAGGGACCUGGAUCGGAACAAGUCCAGAGCGACCUCACCGGAUCGUCAUCAGGUGGAGAGAGGAAGGGCGACGAGCCCUCAAAGGGUUGGCGUUGAAUCUUCCGUCGCAGAACCAUCAGAAUCAAUGCCCAUCGACGCGGACGAGGAUGAGGAACGUCGAAGACGAGCUCGUCGAACCGGUGGCACGGUUCGUUGCAAAUCUCGCAUGACCAGGCAAAGGUCGUACGACGACGAAAUGAAGAACGUCGCUGCGAUGUCCGGAAGCGGUGGGCAGCACGCUCAUCCGGAGCCAGGUCUAGGACUUCCGGUGCAGCUACCAAGGCGAGCAUCAGCCUAUGACGUGUACGCUGCACCAGGGGUUGGAGGACUUAACGCCAUGGCCAUCGCGGCUGCCCAGCAAAGAGCAUCGAUCUCUGCCCAAGGUGGUAGAAAACCGGAGGAAAGGCCAACAUCGCGAAGAUCAUCGUUUAGGGCAGUGAAGCCUGUGAUGCCGUACGAAGUUGGGGCUGAAGAUGAAAGUAUGAUGAACUUGGAAGCAUCUUCUGUGCCAGUAGUUCCACCAGCGGUGGUGGCUCAACCUGUAUUAGUUCCUGAUGAGGAACGACGAACUAGGCGAAGAGGCUCUCAAUUGCCUGACAUAAAUGCCAUCAAGGCUUUGGCAUCCUCAGCUCCAGGGGUGGCUAAAGUAGUCCCUCCACCUGCUGUAAAUAGGGUUGCAGCUGAAGAUCGUGAACUAGCUCGUCAAGGUAGUCUCGUGGAUGGAGAGAGCAUUAAAAUUGUUAUCCAUCAUGCAGAUAAUGAUAUGACGCCAUGGGUAAAUGCGAAAAGAAGACUGAAGUUAAGGAGAGACUCAGCCUUGGAUAAAGGACACCGAACGGCUGGUUUUGGACUAAGAGUGGUGGGUGGUAAAACAGGAGCUGAUGGACGUACUUUCGCAUAUGUGAUGUGGACGGUGCCAGAUGGGCCAGCAGCAAAAGCUGGCAUACAACGUGGUGACAAGGUGUUAGAAUGGGGUGGCGUUUCUCUGGUGGAUCGAAGUUUCGAGGAAGUGGUUCAGAUAACCGAGCGUGGCGACGACGUGAUCGAGCUAGUUGUCGAACAUGCUGCGGACACCGGGGAUUUACCAGAGGAUCUAGCCGCUGUGCCGUCAUCGGGAAAAGUGGCAGGAAAUAUGGGCCUACUGAUGGAAGGGGAAACGGAUAAAACGCCCUCCUCACCGACUCGCAGGAAACUGCCAAAGACGCCGGAACAAAUUGCAAAGGAGAAGCAAGUGAGUGGACGAGUUCAGAUUCAAGUAUCCUACGAGGCGGAACGGAAAGAAUUGAUCGUUUCCGUUUUUAUGGCCGACGAUUUGUGCGCGAGGGAGGAUACAGGAUACGGUACUCUACCGGAAGCUUAUGCCAAACUAGUCCUUGUUCCCAUUUGCGCUGAUCAGAUAACUUUGAAAACGGCAGUGGCCGAGCCAACUCAAAAGCCAAUUUGGAAUGCAACAUUACUCUUCUCCGGUGUCGACGGCGAAAGUUUCUGUUCUUCCGACAAGAAACGAUCGAUCGAAGUGACUCUCUGGGAUUUCUGUCCCGACGGCGAUAAUGUUUUUCUCGGCGAAUGCAGCGUCGACUUGGAGGCAGCUCUGAAUAACGACAGAGCAUGUUGGUAUCGGCUGGAAGAUCCCCGCGGUCUCCGUGCGAGCAAAUCACCAUAUUGUUCGCCCCGAAGCUCGUUUUCCAUGGAGGUUGCUCAAAGAUUGUUGCGAAAGACGGAACUACGGGAAAGAAGUUACAGCGAUGAUACGCAAAGCGACAGCGGAAGUCCAGAACUCGGCUUUCUGCAUCCGGAUCACGCUUGGCAUGCAAAUUCGAGAAGAGGAUCCAGUCAGUCCGAGCAGCUGGAAGUCGAACCGUACGAACUCAAUAGAGAUUACAGUAGAUCUUUGCCUGGUAGCCGGCGAAGUAGCUUUCAGAGUCAGGGCGGUACCGACAGUAAACGAGGAAGCAUGGGGGAGGCUGACAUGCCAGCCAUAGUGCAUUACAACCGCGAUCGUCGACGUAGCUCGUUCACCAGACCCAUGAGGGAUCCAGAGGAAAUCAUGGAGGGUCUACGGUCGCUGAAAGCCGCGAAAAGGGAACUAGGCAGGACGAUGAGUCUCUCCGGAGACAAAAGACGCGAAAGCCGGCGGGGUGAGCGCAAAGACAGCGUCAUGAAUAUUCCAGAGAGGUUUUAUGAUCGCAACAGUGAAUCGGACGAGGAUGAAAAGUGGAGUCACAAAAUGAGGGGCGAAAAUGGCGUUGAUGCUAAUCUGGGUCGCGGACAAGUGCCACCAAAGGGAUUCAAAAUCAUAGCUGGAGCUCAAAAUGGCGAGGUGAAGCUUGGUUUCUGUCUGAGCAAAGGGACUCUCGAAGUGGAGGUCAUCUGUGCCAGAGACAUAUGUCCCGGGGAGAAAGAAGAACCAGAUACCUACGUGAAGACGUAUCUUCGCGACGGCGACAGGUGGCUUCAAAAGCGUAAAACACGCGUUAUUCGGCACUCGAGAAAUCCGCAAUAUCGUCAAACCCUCAAGUACAGCAGCUGCGACGCUCUUGGAAGGAAUUUGUUAGUGAUGCUUUGGGAGAAGAAACAAGCGUUCGAGAGUAAUCAAGGUUUAGGCGGGGCGGAAGUGAGCCUCGAUCGGCUCCCAUUGACAAAAUUGACCGUCGAUUGGUAUCCGUUGUUUCCUAUUCACACUCUCGGUACUCAUACAGCUGAUUCUCCAUGAUGGCUGAGGGAAAAGUGGGCCCUAGAGGCCGGCGAGCUCGACCUCAGAUUGAGCCUUCUGCUCAAGGAUGAGGAAGAAUCCGUCGUCAAAAUUAUCUCCUGAUGGAACAUUCAUUAUUUCUCCUUUCGACAAUCUUUUUUCCUUGUUUAAAUCAAUUUUAAAUGGUAUCCUUUAAUUAUGUUUCCUUUUUAUUAGGUACAACGAAUCUUAACUCUUUGCUUUUCAAAUAUCGAUAAAAUUAAUAUUGAUAAUUUUCAAGGUCUUUUUAAUAUGUUUCUCCAAUUUAUUAAUUGAUUAAUACUAUGCCUUUUUUGAACCAUUUUUUGAAUUCUAUUGUGAAGACACACGAGGGUCCAUUUUUCCCAUAAAUUAAGGAUCGACGGAGACGUAAACGAAAGACGAUCGACAUCUGUCAUGGUAACGCAUGCUCUGGUUGAUCCAGUCUUGAGAUUCGAUCGUGUCUCGUUGAAAAUGUGCGAAUAUUGCAUUAUUUUUUUCUUUCGUGGAGGUAUCUCGAAAAUUAAUAAGGAAAGAAAAUUCGAUGGAUUGUGCCAUUAUAAAGCAUUAAAUUUUUGAUCAAUAUAUACACUUACAUAUAAUGUAUAAUUUACCAUUCAAUUUUAGUGAAAAUAUAAAAAUGUUCACUAUUGAAAAUUAAAAUGAAAACUUAGUCGUUCUUUAAGUGUAUACAUUUAUUGAAUUAACAUAUUGAAUCGAGAUAACUUCUGCGUUAUUUGAAUUAUUUUAACGAUAGACAAUCGUCACCGAGGCUCGCUGGCCGAGCCCAACACACGAAGAGCAAUUUGUAAAUGGUUACCGGAACAAUUUUACGGGAAACACGAAUGGCAAGCGGAAAAUUUUGCUGUUUAGACGUCAAGCAAUUUUUGUAGCUCGUAGACUGACAACAGAGAUUCCUCGAACGAGGAUUACGUGGAAUGAAAGAAUCGUCGAGAACUGCUGCAACUUCUUCCUGUUACAGGCACGUAGACAUUCAAAAAUUUAUUACUUCAAUUAUUAAUUUUCAAAUUUGGCUAAUAUAGGUACAUGAUAUUUUAGCAACACUAUCCAUCGAAGAAUGGGUAUGCUUUUUAAUUUUUAAAAUGAUUUCUUCUAUCGAAUACCAAUUAUAAUUAGAAAACUAAUUAUUUCUU